AUGGCGUUUUGGUCUCUCGUCGUUCUCGGAUUCCCGUUCCUCCAUUGGGUGGCGAGCUUGACAGGAAUCAAGAGCAUCGUAUUCAAUACCGCGCAGUUUAUCUUCUUCUUAGCCUGGAGUGUCUGCGGCUUCGCGUGGGUGUGCAUGGGCACGAUGGUCAACGAUGCGUCUCCAUCGGCGGAAGCACUCAGCUUAAUCAACGGCAUAUCCCAAAUUAGCAUUGUGCUUCCACAGGCCAUCUCCCCAGCCCUGGCCAACUCGCUCUUUGCGGUCUCGGUAGACAAGCACCUGUUGGGAGGGAACCUCGUCUGGGUUCUCUUGUUUGUGUUUAGAUCGGUGCUGAUCAAAGCGGACUGGAUAGCCUGCCUGGCGUUUUUGCAUUCACUUACGUUGAGGGAACAUGAAGAUGAUUGGCGCACAAAGCAACAAGACGAGCACGAUGAUUGA